AGAAAUUCAUUCAAUAAUAUUGGAGCAAUGGGACAUGUCAUCUGUUUAUGAUAUUGAUUUGGGUUUCGUAUGUGAUGUUGGGCUUAUUUUUUUUUUCUUUAGUUUGCUAGGGCUUGGUUUAUUGGUUCAUUCUUUCUUCUUCCUUCCACGAGCACGCCGUUCCUCUCUUUCCUUUCGACUUCCACACCUUCUGUUACUCUUCUCUCCUGCUCCAUUUCAAUCUAUCCUUUCACCACUAACUAAUCUAAUCAAACCUUCCUUGAUCUCAUUCAAUGGAUUCUUUUCAUCUUCCUCACCAUUUUUCUAUUUAUAAAGCUCUUCUCACGGCUUAUGUGUCGAUUAAAAUUGGAAAGUUUCUCUCAAGACAAUCAUCCUCAUGGAGCCCAAAGGAAACUCUCCGAUCUCGACAGACCGCAAUACCAACAAGAAUAUUUUCGCCUCCUCCGCGACUUCAAGGCCAAGCCGGAAGUCCACCGCUUCAUCCGCCGCCGUGAUGAAACCUAACGAAAAGUCUGUUGUCUCAUCUGCCACCUCAGCCACUGCGAUGAAACCUAACGGGAACUCUGCUGUCUCAUCCGCCGUUCUGAUGAAAUCAAACGCUUCUACCGCUCUCUCCUCCGCGCAAGCCGAUCAAGCGAUGUUCUUCAGAGAUGUUUUGUUCGGACCACACGAAGCGGUCUUGAGGUUUCGAUUGAUCCAUUUCUGGGAGGCUCAAAAUCCAAACACGAAAACCCUUAUUGGACAGGAGAUGCUCCUUAUCGACGAAGAGGGAACUGUUAUUCAAGGUUUUGUUCCAGCAGGACGGGUUGGGACAUAUGAACUGGUAUCAGGCUCCGUUUAUAAGCUGAACAAUUUUUUUGGCUCCAGAAACAAAGCUCAGUAUCGGGUUUCAGAUCAUAUCGCCACCGUUACAUUCGCUUGGAAUACUAAGUUAUUCGUUCUUGAUGACCCUCCGGUUCCAUUUCUCGAAGAUAGCUUCAGGUUCCAUAGCUACGAGGAGUUUCAGGCCAACUGUGACCGCAAAGUUGAUCUUUAUGACUAUGUUGGCCACAUGAAGCUGGUGAAUAGGCAGACUAUCACUGAGCAUGCGGUCCUCGACGAAAUUGACAUAGCAGAGAAGCGACAUCUAUGUGUUCAUGUUCAGACACAUGACGGACCAGUGAUGAAGCUUUAUCUAUGGGACAAGGCCGCAUCUGACUUCUGCGAGAAAUUCAAAUCCUAUGGAAGCACUCCAAGCGUUCUUUUGGUCACCACAGUAAACCCUAAACGUCUUGGAGGUCAUUUAAAUUAUAUCGAGGGCGUAGAAGCUGACCAUUGCGUGCCGGUGCCGCAAGCUCUACUUGAUACAAUAGGGCAGACAUAUAAAUUUCUUGUGAAAGUCUCAGAUCAUAAUUUGUCAGGUAAGACUCAAACCAUAACUGUGACGAAGAUAUUCCCAACAGAAGCUCCACGUCCUGUAUCUCCCUUGGAAGAACGUGAUGUUCCACCAACGUCUGAUGAUUUCUUGAAGACUGGAAGUCAGGAAUCCGGUCCUUCCAGAGACUUUGAGGAUUAUGCAGGUGAUAGGGUUAGAAAAGCCGAUGAGAGUCUUGAGUCAGAUGAAGCCAAGCGUUCCAAGAGUGGCUAAUACACAGCUUUAACAAGUCUUUUACGCAGAGACUGCUUUUGAUGCAGUUUAAGUUCAGUUUUUAUGUUUAUCUAAUGACUUUACCUUCCCUCCAUUUCUAUCUUCGGACUUUUGUUCAUUGGAGUCUUUUAAUGUUUCUUUGAAUUAUUAUCUAAAGACUUUGCCUUCCCUCA